AUGACUAACCAUAAUGGUACCUACGCAGGCCAGGCUCUGCAGUGCUACGAAUGUCAAAUCUGCCUCUUCAAGACCAAAGUCACCUGCGAGGCCGGGGAGCAAUGUUUCAACGGUGUCGGAAAAGCAGCUAAGGUUUUGGACAUCAAGACAAAAGGCUGCCUGAAAAUGGACAACUGCAACAAGGUGACUGAUACCAAGAUCCCUUACAUUUCCAACACCACAGUCUACAGCGUAAACAAGACCUGCUGUAGCACGGACCUGUGCAACGCUGCCCCGGGCCUGCCCCGAAUGCGCUUCCUGCACCUGGCCCUCGCCACCACCUUCGUGACCAAAGUCCUGGUGUAA